GGGGAAAGCAUAGUGGGGGGAUUACAGAGAGGUGGGUGAGAGGGGGAUGAUGGAGGAAAAAAGGGAGGUGGGACAAGGAGACCAGCAGGUGUAAAGCCCCCUGGGGCAAGAGGACCAGCAAAGCCUUUGCAGCACAGAGUUGUUUCUGGGGCAAGUGUCCUGACGGAGCAGUGGCUGUUUUGUGGGGUCCUCUGCCUCUGUGUACGGCUUCAGCCUGCCAGCCCACAAGGCAAGAUGUUUUCUGCUCCCUGGGCCCUACCCUUGCACUUCUCCAAGCUGCCUACUGGGGACAGUGAGGACUCUGGGUGCCCUCUCAAACUCGGGGCUCUCUGUUGUGGAGUGGAGUAAGCCUGGGCUUUUCUCCUGACCGCUCAGCCUGCUAUGUUGCAGUGCACAGCACCGUGGCACAGCUCUCUGGCCCCCCAGAGCUGCUCCUGGUGUACGCAUGUCCCUCCUGCUCCUACACCUGUACUGCAGCCCUGGCCCUCAGCCAGCGUGCAUGAGAGGCGGGGAGCUGGGUGAGGUGGGAUUCAGAGAGAUGUCCUCCCCCGGCGGGCACCUGUUUAGCACAAGCAUUGAGGCAGAGGGUGCCAAGCUGGCCAUGCCGCUGUGGCUUUGGAGCUCAUGGUCACGCUGAGAGAGGGAAGUGCCUGGUGUGCCCCUGCUCAGUCAUGGAGUUUUACUUUGACUAAGACAGAGGGUCAAUAACAGAGUCACAGGUGCAGGAAUGGUGGACAGGCUCCCGCAGCUCCUCAAAGGAGCCUGCAGCCCUCUGGGCUUGGCACAGCCAUCCUCACCAGCACAGACAUCCCUGCUGGUGUAGCACAGCAGGCAGGGUGCUCCCUGGCACAUGUGCACGUGUGCGACGGGUGAGGGAGUGGGUCACUGGGCAUGAUGGCUGGAAAGGGAAGUGAAAUUGGGGCAGGCGUGGAAGCGGUGGGCAGAGACCAGUUUUGGCUGGGACUUUCACUUGCCCAGAGCCCCAUGGUGCUUGGCAGGAAGGGUUGAGAUGGUGCUGGGGCUGCUUUGGCACUGCCCUGGUGCAAGCCACCCUGCAGGGAUGCUGCCAAUAGGGAUAGAGAUGUGGCCAGGGGGCCUGGAGGGCACUGCCAUAGGUUGGCUCCUGCCCUGUGGGACAUGGGACACUGGGGAGCCAUGCCUGGGCUGCAACCCAGCAUGGGGAGCUGGCACCCACAUCCCAUCCAAGGCUUCAGGGAGUGGGGUGCCCAAAAGCCAUUGGAGAGGGGCAGGUGUAUCCAUGGACCAAGUCCUCUGCUGAGCUUAGGUGAGCUCAGUUGCCCAAUGGGGACAACUGGUACUCUGUCACCUUGAACCAGAGCAUCCCAUGGCUUUUCUCCUCCUCCCCUCCCAGCCUUGGUCCAGGACAGUGAGUGGAAGAGAUGUGACUUUUACUUGGUAAGGACAGAGAAGAGCCAACCUGCAGCACUGAAAUCCGUCACUUACCCACUUCAGAUCUUAGGCACUGGGCUUUGACAUGUGGGUACUAGUGACAGAAGGUUUCUCAUGAGCAGGAACACCUGAGACCAUUAAGGGUUUAUACAGUCCCUUUGAAGGGUAUGGGAACCAAACUUGCUUAGUGUGACCUGCAUUGUCCAUGCCCUGGACAGUCAUUGAGCAGACCCAGAUCUGAAUCCUGGAGGAACAGGAUGUGGUGCUGAGAGGCCAGGAGGGUCCUUGCCAAGAGUCUAGAUACAGGAUGGAGAGGAUGAAGAGAACUAGGUGAUGGAGGCCACACACCAGAUGGUCUUCCCAUGCAGCAAUCGCUAACAGGCUGUGUCCUGGGGGCAGUAGGAGCUUUUGAAAGGGGAAGCAUGAGUGCCUCUGUUUUUCUCUGUUUCUUUUCUGAAUUUUCCAUCCAAGACAGAUCCAUGGCCCUUGGACAAGGUCUUGUAAAGACCUGGGCAUAAGAAAACCUCCUGUAGGCACCAGAUGACAUUAAGGGGGCUUUUUGUGUUCCAUCGAGGGAGUGUUCUGGCUGGGGGACAUGUCUGGGCUGGGCGCGAUGUACAGGUGGGCUGGGGAAGGGCCAGGGCCGAGGAGAUGACACCACUGGGCUGAGGAGCCAUGCCACUGGGCACAGGGUGCUGCGUGGCUGGGACAUGUGGGAGCUAUGGGGAUUUUGGAAGCAUAUUUUGAAGGAGAGGGGUAGUCUGAGGGCGCGUUGUACAAGCAGUCAGGGGUAGGGCUUGGGCGCUCUCUCUCCUCCUCCCCAGUGAAGAUCCGCCCCAGGGUAAAGCGCAGCGAUCGCAAGCCCCAAGGGAGCCGACUACGCAGCUUGACAGACUGUGUCUCCCUCUGCUCAGGCCCCGGGGCGCUGCGAUUUCACACUCGGGCGGCCCCUUCCCUGCUGCGCCAUGCGGGAGCUGGGCUCGCGCUCCCACUCAGACAUGUCGUCGUCAGGAAAAGAUGCCUCCUCUUGCCUCUCCUCCCAGUGCUUUGACACCCUGACCAAGCUCUGCGUUGAGUGCUCCGACUUGUUGAAGGACCACACAAAGCCCACCCGUGCGGCCCCCACUUCUGCCCAGGAGCCCACCCUCCCCUCGGUGAACCUGCCCAGCACCCUCCUGAUCUUUGGGGUCCCGGCCAUGGUGGGAUUCAUCCUGGUUCUCGCCGCUCUCUGGGGCUUCCUGGCCUGCAAGGCGGGCAAGCAGAGGAGGAAGAGGAAGGCAGUGGACAAGGAGACUGAAGCAAAUGUGGAUGCUACUGGCCCCCUGUCCAGUCUGGGUUGCCAGGACACUGUCAUGCUGGAAGGAGAUGCUGCCCUGUGCCUGAAUCUCAAUGGAAGCCUGAAGAUGCCAGGGCCACCUGGGAAUGCUGGGUCAAAGCGAAGACCGUGCUGCCAGGGCGAUCCUAAUGGUGAUAUCGUCCUGCUCUCUGCCGUGUACCCCCGACAUGAGGAGUGCAACCAUGGCUUCCCACUGCCUGCCACCGAGCUGGGGGCCACAGCCCUGGUCACCACAAAAACCACCCAGAACUGCACUGGCGAGGACAGAGCCUGAGAGUGGGAGGAAUGGGACUGUAGGACUCCAGUUGCUCCCUGCAGAUGCCCAGAGACUGUCCUGGAGGUGAGCAAAGCCUUGCAUGGAUGUGAGAUGGCUGAGGACUGGGUUUUGCCUCAAGAAAUAUCAGCCUUCUAGGAUGACUGCCGUUUUCCACUUCCCCAUUUGCGUUGAGUCCCACGUUACUCCUGUAAGCACUGGAGGAAGCCAAAGCGGAUCACGCCGAGUUGUCGACAGCUGCCACGGCCGUGCUGUCAGGAGGAGGCAGAGGAGAUGCAGCCGGUGAGGACUGAGCAUGGCGGGGGCUGCCAUUGUGCCAGGACGGGUUUGCUGCUGGAUGGGCGAUUCCUGGGAACAUGGGGCUGGAACAGCAGAAACGGGGAGAAAAGGACGAUGGAUAAAGCACCAGGGAGUUACACUGAGAUCAAGUCCCACACUGCUGCCAUUAGCUCGAUUUUUGCUACUGACCUCAAUAAAAGGAGGCUUGGGGCCAUACGGAGCAAGGCGCAUCCAGCAUCUGCUCCAUUCACAGUCCUGUCCCCCCAUCUUCUGCAUGCCAUAAUAUCCAGGUCUCUCCUCCCUUUGGGCCUCUCACGCAGUGGCAGGCAUGCACUGGCGGUCAUGGGAACCCCCUCCACAGCCGGGGACCCAGGGGAUGGGAAAUUAGUCUGCCUUCACAAGCAGGGAGUGAGGGAGGGAAAAGGGGAAAAAAAAAGUCUGUCUUUGUGCUGACCUACAAUCAGUGAAGUCAGGCAGGACCAGGGGCAGGCAAUGGAGACUGCUGGUCUAGAGGAGCUCCAUGAGCUUGUCAUUACGGUUCUAAACAACUGUCACUUCAGCUCACAGUGGCUGCAGAUAUACUGUGUGUCACUUGAGAUGACAGGGCUCCCGGUGAUGGAUGUUUCCACGCUGCACAGAACCAGGCAAGGAGUGAUGCGAGUGUAGGCGAGAUGACUUAAUUUAUGUGAGUGUCUUCAAGGCUCUGCCUGUGCUCCAGACCUGGCCAGCAAUGCUGGUCCAAGGCAUCUCUGUGUAGAUGGUCUUGUUCACCCUCCCGUGAGUGGUUUUGCUGCACAGGAAGGGCUCUGCCUUGCAAACGAACUCAUUAGUGUGAGAUUGCUGUUCCCAAGUAAUUACAGCAGCCGAUCCCCCUGGCUGAACAGAUCCUGGCCAAAGGCUUGGGUGGGAAACUCUGCCAGCCCUAGAGUGGCUGGUUAGGCAAUUAGAAGUGUGAAGGAUGAAGUUCCAUCUUGGUGGCAACCUGGCAGACCUCUUCCUUCAGCAAGGUGGUCUCCUUGCCCAGGAGGCUUCAGGAACUGAGGAGCAGUGGCCAAGCAAGGUGUGGAGCACUGCUGCUAAGUACCAGUGGGCCAUUAAGGGCUACCAGCUCAUGACGGAGUCACCCACUGGUCCCUCUGAUGACUGGGAGGUGACCACUGCCCAAGCCUGAGCUCUCUCUGGGGCUGAAGGACCAGACACUGCUGUCGAAGGGUGACCCUCCCUCUUCUCUCCUGCCAUGGUGCUAGAACUGAGCUCAUGGCAUCCAUCCCAUAAAGGGAACCCCAGGAGGUGCCACAGGUGCCAAGGCCCAAAUUCCUCACCACAACUCCUCUCCGAGACCUAAUCGUGAUGGUGGAGGUGAGUCUUCACCUGACUCAAAAUGGGAGGGGUUCCCAGCUCAGCCUCGAAGCUGAGGAAGGUGGAGGGGCUGGUCCACAUGCCCAGCAACUGUACUCUGGGGCUCCAGGCACCCAUGGCUUUUUGUCAGGAGCUGUGGAGCACUGGGUUCCCAUUUAUCCACAGCAGCCAUGCUGCGCAAGCAGAAGCGUCUGUGUGGCAUGAAUCAGGCAUCUCUUCAUCCCCAUGCUCCUCACCCGGCCCUGUGAAGUGACUUCGAGCAACCUUGGUGCAUCUGGAGUAGGGAAAGGAGCUGAAGCCAGGCCAGAGCACAUUUUGGUGCUGGAAGAAGGGCUUCUUGUGGGAUGCAGAGCAACCUGCUCCACAGGAGAUGGGGAUGAGAGGGAAAGAGAACAGGACUGUCAAGCUCCUCUCUUGCUUCCCACCUGGUUACCACAGUGUCUCAGCCCUGCAGAUGAGUUGCCCACCUCGACCAGCGUGGCAAUUUGAAAAAGAAACUCAUGUACAAAUCUUGUUGAAAAAGCCCCUCUUUCUGCUCAAGUAAGGGCUUCUGCUCUCAUUUCUGCUAGAGCUUCAGCCAGGUGUCUCCUCUACCACAAGUGGCCAGCAUCUGCAAUCCGCAGAAGCAGCAUUUCAAUCCACAUUGGAUUCCUCAGCUGUCGAGUGCCCCUCUCUGUUAUGGUGUGUGGGGUGUCUUCUAUGUGUCCUGUCUGCCUCACUGCCCAUGUAGUGGGACAGUGACCCCCUCCUGCCUGGGCCUGGGGGGGAUUCACAAUCCCCUCUGUGCACACUUCUCCAUCCCUAGGUACCACACAGGGGGUUGUCCAUCUUGUCUGCAGUGAGACAAAAAAUAUGAUUGUAAAAAUGAAAUAAUAAAGUGAAUCCAUUAUGAA